CGCAAAUGAAUUUAGUCAAUCUCGCGGCGUUUUUUGUGCGGACGAUGAGCGUCGAGUAAUGUAAAUAUUGAUAUGUACUGCCUCGACCGUGAUAAUGAAAUGAGAAUCGGGUGCUGAAUUUUCCGACUUUUUUCUAAGAUGUCGCUGCUAAACGCCGCCCACGCCUUCGUGUGGUUUCUGUGCGUGUUCUGCAUUGCGGCCCGUGUCAACAUCAAACCGGAUUACAGGCUGGCGAUUAAGUACUCGCUGCUGUUCUACGAGGCUCAGCGGUCUGGAAAAUUACCACCGGAUAAUAGGAUAAAAUGGCGAGGUGAUUCCGCGACGAACGACGCUGGUGCAAACGGAGAAGAUCUGAGCGGGGGAUAUUACGACGGUAGCGAUUAUGUAAAAUUCAGUUACACGAUGGCAUAUACCAUGACGAUCCUUUCAUGGGGACUUCUGGCAUACGAAAACACUUACAAAAAUAUAAGUCUUUACAACGACACCCUGGACGCAAUAAAGUGGGGCACCGACUAUUUCCUCAAAUGUCACGUGUCGUCUCACGAACUCUACGGACAGGUGGGCGACUUCACAUCGGACCACGCUUACUGGGGUCGCCCGGAGGAAAUGACCAUGGACAGGCCUGCGUUUAAAAUCGACGAACUGCAUCCAGGUACCGACCUCGCAGGUCAAGUGUCAUCGGCGUUGUCAUCGGCCAGUAUCGUCUUCCGGCAUAUUAACCAGACUUACGCGCAACUGCUUCUGAACCACUCGUUAGAAUUGUACGACUUUGCGAAGGAGUUUCGAGGAUUAUCUGUCGACGUGUUGCCCGGAGCAAAGGAAUAUUACAAGUUUACCUCUUACGGAGAUGAAUUAACAUGGGCCGCCAUUUGGCUGUACAAAGCUACAGCGUCGGAGAGAUUCCUGAGAGAGGCCGAGGAUUUCUUCAACCAGUUCUUGUACACGAAAAAAGUAACGAAUAUGUUCUUCUACAAUGACCUCACAAUCGGCAAUAAGCUUUUGCUUGCCGAAAGCACGGGCAACCCAGCUUACUCGCAUCCCGUGAGAGAUUUUUGCGAAAAAGCGGUGGGAGACGAACUGAAAACACCGAAAGGGCUGAUAUUCGUCAACAAAAUCGGGACCUUGUCUCACGCAACCAACAUUGCUUUCGUGUGCCUCGUAGCUGCCGAAUUAUCCGAUUUCCCGAAGGAAAAAUACGUCGAUUUCGCGAAAACUCAGAUCGACUACAUUUUGGGAUCGACGGGACGCAGUUACGUAGUAGGAUACGGGGUUGAUUAUCCUAAAAAACCCCUGCAUGCCGCAAGUUCGUGUCCAGAUCGGCCAGCUGCGUGCGGCUGGGAGUUCAUCCACUCGUCCGAGCCCAACCCCCAAAUUCUUUACGGAGCUUUGGUGAGCGGACCGGAUGGGAACGAUUACUACGAAGACCUGAGGGAAGACUUUCUGUACAACGAAGUGGGAUUGGACUUCAACUCCGGAUUUCAGAACGUUUUGGUUGGUUUAGUUCACCACAAAGUUCAGGAAGAAAAGUGAAUGCCAGUGUAAAAAUUGAUUGGUGGAAGGCAUAACCUAAAUUGAACGUUAAUGGCAAUUCAUUUCACGAUCUAUGAAACGCACUGGUUUCGAAAUUCGUUAAGUCUAAGGAAAGAAUUUAUGAAAACAGGGUUGUAUCAAUUGAAAAUUUUGAUAUUAUAAGGACACUAUUAGUUAAAGUCGUAUAAACAUUAAACAA